AUGAAAAGACUGCCGACAAUUCAUAAGUACUGCUUUUGUACCUUCGGCACUGGGCGCAUUAAUAACGAUGAGACGAGGACCUGUUCAGCUUGUCCUCAUCUCCAUUUUCUCAUGCAAAAGAAGUAUAAAGGCAGACUAGCUCAACCGCGAACAGGCACUUCAAAAGAGCACGAAAAUGAAGACAAGGAGUUUGAGGACUUUGAACGAUACAAGGCAAUGAAAAAGAGAUGUGAAGAAAAUGAGAAUCAGAAGAAAGAAAUGAGGGAUAAGGAGUGGGAUUAUGUUUCCAUUCAUACGGAUCAGUCAAGUGAUUCCUGCGACAGGCGAAGUAAAUGA